AUGACACAAAAUCAGAAGAAAGUUGUCAUGAAUUUUGGUGCUGGACCUGGAAAACUUCCUGCAGAGGUUCUAAAAGAAGUCCAGGAUGAGUUGAUGGAUUUUGGUAAUACUGGAAUAAGUAUUCUGGAACUGAGCCACAGAUCUGGAGAUUACGCUAAAGUAAACCAGAAUGCCCAAGAUCGUCUGCGAGAGUUAUUAGAUAUUCCGAGCAAUUAUAAAAUUUUGUUCAUGCAAGGCGGAGGAACUGGUCUCUUUGCUGCAGUGCCUCUCAACCUCAUGGGUAAAACCGGAACGGCUGAUUAUUUUGUGACUGGUUCGUGGUCGUCAAAGGCAGCAAAAGAGGCCGAAAAAUAUGGAAAAGUAAAUAUUGUUCACCCAAAGAUGAGUAAAUACACUGGAAUACCAGACGUAUCGACGUGGAAGCUUGAUCCCAAUGCUUCAUACUUGUAUUACUGUGCCAACGAAACAAUUCACGGUGUUGAAUUUGACUUUGUACCUGAAACAAAUGGAGUUCCUAUUGUAGCAGACAUGUCUUCAAAUAUUCUUACUCGAAAAUUCGACGUCUCUAAGUUUGGAGUAAUUUAUGCGGGAGCCCAAAAAAAUUUUGGGCCGUCUGGAGUGACUGUUGUAAUUGUACGUGAAGAUCUUCUGGGCAAUCCAAUGACAAUUUGUCCGUCUGUCCUUGAUUUUACAGUGGUUGCUCAAAAUAAUUCAAUCUACAACACACCACCGACCUUCCAAAUUUACUUUAUUGAACACGUGUUUGAAUGGAUCAAGAGAAAUGGAGGAGUCAAGGGCAUGGAAGAGCUUGCUAUUAAAAAGAGUGGCCUUAUUUAUGACGUUAUUAAAGGCUCCAAUGGAUUUUACUCUUGUCCUAUUGAGCCAAAAGCCAGAAGUCGCAUGAACUUGCCAUUUAGAAUCGGCAAUAACAAUGAAGAUUUAGAGAAGGAGUUCCUUGCAGGUGCUUCCAAGCUCGGGAUGCUUCAAUUAAAGGGCCAUAGAUCUGUUGGAGGAAUAAGAGCUUCUUUGUACAAUGCAGUUACUUUUGAAGAAGCCCAAGCACUUGCUGACUACAUGAAAGAAUUUUAUAAAACUCACGGCCAAUAA